GCCACUAACAAAUAUGAUCAAGAGGAACGACUUGCAGGUUGCAUCUUGCAGGUCAACCGUCCAUCCUCUCUAUAAAAGGCGGCUCGGCGACGCCUCCGAGCCAUCGCCCGGAGGUGAUCGGACUGUACGUCUCUCUCUGCUCUAGAGAGCGGCUGUGGCCUCGGCUGGUUUCCCUUUUCGAUCCCCCGUCGUCUAUCUCUACGUAGUAUUUUACAUCUUGGUUUCUCGUCUCUGUUUAGUUUCUGUUAGAUCCCUUGAUCAUCUUUUUCGUUUCCUCCGUUGAACAUCCUUGCACGAUCAGUCUUUUUAUGAUCAAGUUGCUGGAAAACUUCUGCAUGUUGUUUUAGCAGAAUUUCCUUCUUGCCUAAUCUUGUUUGGCCGUGCGUACACCCUCUCCUAGAUUGGAUAUGGAUGAUGUUCUCGUCCACCGAUCAGCAGGAGGCCACAACUUCCGCCGGAGGUCUGCCGGCGGAGCCGGCCGGAGGGUCGCCCCCAUGAGCUCGCCACCGUUGUCUCCGAGCGCCUACGGUUUCUUCCCUUAUUCCUCGGCUCCUCCGGGUCCAUUUCUAUACCCGCCGUAUAACUUCUACUCGUGCGGCUCUCUCCCUCCCCUGCCGUUCAACCACCCCGGUCUCCCACCGCGCCCUCCGGCGACCAGGGCCAAGCACGCCACGUUCCCAUACCAGCCGUUGACUCCGCCUCCUCGUCCGGCCGCCGUCACCAAGGUCAAACAGACCACGGCGACCGGGAUGACGGUGUCGGAGCCGAGGAAGAUGCUGGAGGGCAAGAGCAAGAAGCCGAGGACACCGAGGUCCGCAGAGGAGCCUCCGAGGGCGCAGCGGAGGAAGCCGCUGCAGAGGGCGGCGCCCCUGCCCGCGACGUCGGCGGUCACGGAGGCGCUGGACGACCUGGAGCGCGAGGUGACACGGGGCUUCGUGGAGGACCUGCUGCACGCGCUCGCACCGCCCCCCAGCAGCCUGCCCCUGCCCACCUUCUCCCUCGUCAGGGCGGCCGCCACCAAGGUCCCGGCGCCAUGCACGGUGUAGCUGGCCCUGGACACCUUCACCGACGUCGAGUCGACAACUGCCUCUGCCGGGUUCAUUUUUAUUUCAUUUUAUUUUAUGUUUCUUUCUCCAAGUUUUUUUCUUUGGAUGGAAGAAACGCUGCCAUAAAAGGGAUCGAUCUAGUUUUAAUUUUCGUUCCUUUUUUUUCAUUUUCUCCUGGGAGUUGUGAGGUAAAUGUAAACCUGAGCAAAAGUCUAGGUUUGCAUAGUAUUGGUAGUUGAAUUCUUGAUGUAUGAGGCAUGCUUUUAAUUGCCAUGAUAUAUGAAGAUCAACAUGUUCUUUUCUUUAA